AUGUCAGGCGCAAGAUAUCAUUUCGAGUGGUUUCCAUAUGAAGUCUUUCAUCUAUUUACGUAUUCUCUAGGUUAUGUACCUGAACGUAUCAUAUGUGUUUUGCCAGCUGGACUUAAUUUUGAUGGACGUUCAGCAGUCAUACGUGCUCAACAAACACAUCUAACAAUAGCAUUAUGUAAUGCUAUGAUGGAUGAAGCUAAUACAACAAUAUGUGUAUUUAAUGCAGGUGCUAUACGUAUUGAUGAUCAAUUAAUGGGUAUAAUAACUCAAUAUGAUGUAUUGCGUUGUUUACCAUUUUCAGCUAAUAUAAUAUCAUUACGUGUUAAUGGUUCAAUACUUACUAAAGUUUUAAAUCGUGGUUUAAUGAAUGUAAAUACUGGAAUGUUUAUAUCCUAUGCUGGUGUAGAAUAUGAUAGUCGAGAAGAAAAAUGGUAUCUUCAACAAAGUCGACAACCGAUUGAUAGUGAAGGUUUAACAUUAACAAUUGUUUCUAUACCAUAUUUUAUACAAAAUACAGAAUUAAAAUAUUUAUCGCAAACUUUAGCUACACAUACAACAAUAACACGAGCUUUUAUUAAGUAUCUUGAAAAAAAUUACGCAAAUACAACACAUCAUGAAUUACCAUGA